AGGAUGGAGAGAAGAGGUGACUGGUGUCUUCUCUCAGGUAACAAGCGACAGGACAAGAGGAACAGCCUCAAGGUGCACCAGGGGAGGUUUAGAUUGGGUAGUAGGAAAAAUUUUUCUCAGAAAAGGUGCUCAGGCAUUGGAACAGGCUACUCAGGGCAGUGGUGGAAUCAUCAUCCCUGAAAGUGUUCAAAAACUGUAGAUGAGGCACUCAUUGACAUGGGGUAGUGGUGGCCUUGGCAGUGCUAGGGUAACGGUUGGACUAAUGAUCUUAAAGGCCUUUUCCAACCCAGUUGAUUUUAUGGUUCUAUGAUCUAUGACUCUGGAAUGUGCUGUGGGUUGGCUGUCAUCACCCUGCCAGCCAGGUCAGCUCCAUACAGGGUCCUGAGCAAAACUGUUAAAAAAAAAACCCGAAAAUUUAAAAAAAAAAAUUGUUUCAUGUUCUUUUGGCUAAAUACUUUGAGGUAAGAGUUCUCUGAAGACAGGUUUCUUCAAGCCUAGUAUGAAAUCAGUGCCCUUGGGAGAUGUCACCAAUUCUGUAUUGGCUUCCUGGGUUCUGCUUUUCAGUUCCGCUUGGCUGAAUCUCAUUUACCUUUGAAGCUGAUCUCAGCCCGAAUUUAUCUUCUGGAGCAAACAGAAUGUUGUCUGGCAAUCCCAAUCUGACAGUUUUCACAAGACCUUCUCAUGUUCCAUGUUGGGCUUUCUUGUGGAUACCGAGUUUUCAUUGCUUAGCAGGGAGAUAAAAGCACAUGGUCUGUGCCUGCCAAACUGUUCCCUAUGGCUGCUUUAAAGGCAGCUCAGGGUAUCUUCCUGGCAGCUUGGGGUUGUUUCUAGAGCAUUUUCUAGUACUGAUGGGGUUCCUUUCAGUAUCCAAAGCUGUCAGUUUUUCUCUACCAGUUUCCCCCACUGACUUACCUCUGCUACUUUCUUCCUCAGAGGAGAAUGCACAGGGAAGCAGUGCAUCCUUCCAGCAUCAGCACUAGGUUUGCAAAGCCUCAUCUUAUUCCAGUGUGAGCCCUGGAAGAACUUAGAGGAGAUCCUCAAGGUCUCUGGUGCUGUCUUGGUGGGUGAAGUGAGCAGCAAGGUCUUUCAGCAAACAGGCAGACAGGGUGGAUGAAGCACUUCCAGUCCGGUUUGUGAUGGGGUGGCAGGAUUUGGCCACCCUAGGGCUGGGGAAAAUCGGGGGUAAAUGUGAUCUAAGCCUGUCUGUGAGAUGGGAGGGAGAUCUCUGAAAGACUGGAGGGUGGUGAAAUGGUGUAACAAAAGAAGUCCUCUUGCACUGUUAGAAGAGGGAGAGAGUGAUUUCAGGCUGUGCUGUCCUUGCAGAGGCUGAGUAGCACGUGGAGGAGCAGGUGAGCCUGGCAGAGCUGCCUGCAGCGUUGGACAACACACUCAUGGUUUCCAGGAGUGGGCUUCAGUGUGCAGCUCUCAUGUCCUACAGAUACAAACUGCAGUGCCUCAAGAUCCAGGUGAGGCAGGUUGCCAGGGAGAGGGACAAGGCGAGGCUGGACUUGCAGAAAGCGGAGAGACGCUGCCUGCGGCUCGGCAGGGAGCUGGAUAAGCAAUACGUUGCUCUCGAGCACACCCAGAGCAAGCUCAGGGAUUUUCAAGCAGAAACAGAGGCAAAAGACGUGCUUUUGCAGCAAGCACUCAGUCACCAAGCAAAGCUGGAGGCUGAUACACAGCUCUUCCGGGGCACAGAGGCCAGCUGGCAAGGGAGACUGAACCACACCAUGAAAGAGAACAUAGAGCUGCAAAACAAGGUCACGGAGAUGACUGAGAAACUGGCAGCCUCUGAGAAGCUGAUGUUGGAGUUGCAGAAACAACUAAACUUUGUUGUGAAAGACAAGGUGCUGUGUGACCAGAAUGGAUUGCUGCGAAGGGAGCUGGAAAGGCUGUAUCUCCAACUACAGGAGAGCAGGGCUGAGAGAGGGCUGCCAGCAGGAGGCCUGUCCUCACAGGACUCCUCUCCUGUGUGCCACCAUCCCAGCCCUCUGCAUCCCACUUCUGUGUGCGCAGAGACAUCACUCUCAGUGGAGCAGCUCCAAGAGCAGAUGCGGGACCUGAAGGUGCAGCUGGAAAUGAAGAUAAACUAUUACGAGGAGAAAAUCAAGUUAAUGAGGAAAAACUUUGAGAGUGAGAGGAAGGACAGUGAGGAAAGCUUCAGGACUGAGAUAUGCAAGAUGGAAGACCAGAAAAGAGACCUGGAAGAAACAGUUGCAAAGUACCAGGCUGUAAUUGAUCACCUGAAAGAGAAAAAAUGUGUGUGCAGCAUGGAGCUGGAGGAGAGGUUUGAGGUGGAGCAGUCCAGGGUGGGACAGCAGCACACUGAAGACAUUUACCAUCCAGGGCAGCAGCUGGACCAGGAGGGAGGAGAGCUGAGGAUGUGGCGCAGGGACAGAGAGAGCCUGAGGGAAGAGCUGUGCCAGCUGCUGGAGGAGAACAGUGUGCUGAAAAGUCAGCUUGGGAGACUUCAGCAAGAGCUGAGGCUGGCAAAGGAGAAGGGCAGUGAACACAAUGGGAAGCACAGGAGUCAGUUGGGCAGAGAGAAGUUGGAAGAACUGGCUGAAAUACCAGAGUUAACAGCGUUGAGUGAGAAGAGCAGCAGGGAGAUCUCCCACCUGAAUGUAAGGAUGUGUCGACUGGGCUGUGAAGUCACUGAACACCAGGCUGGCCAUGGUGUUCAGUGCCCUGACACCAGCCCAUUGUGGAGCCAGAGGCUUGCAGAGGCUGAGCGGCUACGAGACGCAGAGAUGGCUGCAAGGCUGGAGCACCACCAGCAGCAUGCAGCAUGUUGGAUGGAGAUGGAGCUGCUUCAACAGCAGCUCAAGGCCUCGCAAGAGAAGCUUUUAGAAGCCAAAGCAAGCCUGAGCCUGGCCCAGACUCGGCAUGCUUUGCAGUUGCAGCAGGUCAAAGCCCAGAUGAACAACAUGGUGCCAAGGAAACAUUUUGAGGAGCUGCAAACCAGCUUGAGAGCAGAGCAAUGCAAGGCUCAGCAGCUCCAGGAAAACCUCCACCGGCAGGCUGAGCAGACAUGCAGGCAGCUGCUCAGGACGCAGGAGGAACAUGAGCGUCAGCUGCAGGCAGCUAUGGAUCAGGCAGAGGCGCUGGAGCACAACCUCAGGAGUACUGAAGCUGUGCUGGCAGAGAGAGCAGCUCAGCUUAAAGAUGCCCAGUCCCAACUCUCCAGGAACAACCUGCUGAUUGAAGAACUCUGUGAAGAGAACAGGGGGGUUGCAAUGGCCCUGCAGGCAGCUGAGCUGAAGCAGAAGAGUACUGAGGAGAAGAACCAGCUGUUGGAGGAGCAAGCCUCAGCUCUGAAGCAGGUCAUUGGAAAAAUCACACCAGCAUCUUUGAAUGGGUGAUAGGGCACGUGCUGUGGCAGCCUUGCCCCUGGUCCUGGCCAGGCUUUGUCAGCUUCUCUUGGGCUUUAGGAAACUCUGGCCCUCCUAAAGCCUGAGCCUACGAUCAAAACCAACCUGAUGCCAGAUUGUUGCCUCUGUGGUGAACAGAUCAGAAGGGCUGAGGGAAAAGCCUUUUUUCAGUUUGAACCUUCAAGGCUUGGGGCAGGGCUGGUGACCCAUCAUCAGGAGCACUGCCCUCCUUCAAAGGAUACCAGAAGACAUGGAUCGUGGUACCGUCAUCGAUCUCAAACUCUCCAUAGUCUUUUAAACACCGCACCUACAAAGCAGAAAUGCAGCUCUCAGAUCAUCAGAUCUCCCACAGAAAACACCAGGCAUCACUGCUGACUUAAAACACAUGCCCCAGAACUGUAAGUAUGGACACAUUCCUAUCUGCCUGCUGGAUCCUCAACAUGGAGCAGAUCUGGAAAUGCACAACUGGACUGAUUCCAUGCUCUAUAGACUCUGCCUGAUGUUUUCUUCCUGCCUCUGCCUGGACCAAGAAGCACCAGCGCGUCCAGUCCUCCAGAGACUAGAGGAAGAGCAGCAAGAGACACAAUGUAGGAAGCAGCAGCAUUUCCAGAACUUCUCCACACACAUACCAGAAAAACUGUGAAACUCUUAAGGAGCAGGUUUAUUGCCACUACAUCUUCUUUUGAAGAGAACAUCAGAGUAGAGCACUUCAGCUACUGACUUUGAUGUUUCACAUGCUCUUGCUUUGUUCUAUCAAUUGUAUAAAAAGAUUUAUAGUUU